GUUGCACGAAACUCCAGAGCAGGAGUCCCGAGCCGCCGCUAGGGCCGCCGUGUCAUCAAGCGGAGGAGAUCCGUGGGCAAGGCAGCGCGCGUGUGAGCCGUAGAGGUCCGCUCCCCCAAGUGAGACCGGACCGAGAUUCUUCCCAAGUGGAGCCUUUAGUGAUCCUGUGGUGAAGUUAGCACUUUGGCGGUGGGGCAACCCGACACGUCGCCAGCAGUGAUUUUUGGGCUCCUUCUAGCAAUCGGGACUCCCAAAACCUGUUUUCAGAGACCCUAGACUCUCAAGCUGAGCGUGCCAUCGCCUUCUUUUUGCGCCGUCCGGAUUCACUGCUCCCAGCCGGGCCGCCAAGCCCCGAUACAAAGCGGUCGGACCUCGCUGUCCUCCUCCCCCGCACGCGCUCCAACCUCGGUUUCCCAACUCGGCGCCGUCGGACCGCGGCAGGAUGAUCGCCUCGCAUCUGCUCGCCUACUUCUUCACAGAGCUCAACCAUGACCAAGUGCAGAAGGUUGACCAGUAUCUCUACCAUAUGCGUCUUUCUGAUGAGAACCUUCUGGAGAUCUCUAAGCGGUUCCGCAAGGAGAUGGAGAAAGGGCUUGGAGCCACCACCCACCCCACUGCUUCAGUGAAAAUGCUGCCCACCUUUGUGAGGUCUACUCCGGAUGGGACAGAACACGGAGAGUUCCUGGCUCUGGACCUCGGAGGGACAAACUUCCGUGUGCUUUGGGUAAGAGUAACAGACAAUGGGCUCCAGAAGGUCGAGAUGGAGAACCAGAUCUAUGCCAUCCCCGAGGACCUCAUGAGAGGCAGCGGCACCCAGCUGUUUGACCACAUUGCAGAAUGCCUGGCUAACUUCAUGGAUAAGCUACAAAUCAAAGACAAGAAGCUACCCUUGGGUUUUACUUUCUCAUUCCCCUGCGUCCAAACAAAACUAGAUGAGAGUUUCCUGGUCUCCUGGACCAAGGGGUUCAAGUCCAGUGGUGUGGAAGGGAAAGACGUGGUUACUCUGAUCCGGAAGGCCAUCCAGAGGAGAGGGGACUUUGAUAUUGAUAUCGUCGCUGUGGUGAACGACACAGUUGGGACCAUGAUGACUUGUGGUUAUGAUGACCAGAAUUGCGAGAUUGGUCUCAUUGUAGGCACGGGCAGCAAUGCCUGCUACAUGGAAGAGAUGCGCCACAUUGACAUGGUGGAGGGCGACGAGGGGCGGAUGUGUAUCAACAUGGAGUGGGGGGCCUUCGGGGACGAUGGCACACUCGAUGACUUCCGCACUGAGUUUGAUCAGGAAAUCGACAUGGGCUCCCUGAACCCCGGGAGACAACUAUUCGAGAAGAUGAUCAGUGGGAUGUACAUGGGAGAACUGGUGAGGCUUAUCCUGGUGAAGAUGGCCAAGGAAGAGCUGCUUUUCGGGGGGAAGCUCAGCCCAGGGCUCCUUGCCACUGGCCAGUUUGAGACCAAAGACGUUUCAGAUAUUGAAGGGGAGAGGGACGGCACCCGGAAGGCCUGUGAGGUGCUGGUGCGGCUGGGCAUAGACCCGACACAGGAGGACUGCGUGGCCACUCACCGGAUCUGCCAGAUCGUGUCUACGCGCUCAGCCAGCCUGUGCGCAGCCACCCUGGCGGCCGUGCUGCGGCGCAUCAAGGAGAACAAGGGCGAGGAGCGGCUGCGCUCCACCAUUGGGGUGGACGGCUCUGUCUACAAGAAGCACCCACACUUUGCCAAGCGUCUUCACAAGACGGUGCGGCGCCUGGUGCCUGACUGCGACGUCCGCUUCCUGCGUUCCGAGGAUGGCAGUGGCAAGGGGGCAGCCAUGGUGACGGCGGUGGCCUACCGGCUGGCUGACCAACACCGAGCCCGCCAGAAUACCCUGGAGUCUCUGAAGCUGAGCCGCGAGCAGCUGCUGGAGGUCAAGAGGAGGAUGAACGUAGAGAUGGAGCGAGGUCUGAGCAAGGAGACUCACGCCAUUGCCCCUGUCAAAAUGCUGCCCACCUACGUGUGUGCCACGCCUGAUGGCACAGAGAAAGGUGACUUCCUGGCCUUGGACCUUGGGGGUACCAAUUUCCGGGUCCUGCUGGUGCGAGUGAGGAAUGGAAAGCGGCGUGGAGUAGAGAUGCACAACAAGAUCUACUCUAUCCCGCAGGAGGUCAUGCACGGCACGGGGGACGAGCUCUUUGACCACAUCGUCCAGUGCAUCGCCGACUUCCUUGAGUACAUGGGCAUGAAGGGAGUGUCCCUGCCUCUGGGUUUCACCUUCUCCUUCCCCUGCCAGCAGAACAGCCUGGAUGAGAGCAUCCUCCUCAAGUGGACUAAAGGCUUCAAGGCAUCGGGCUGUGAGGGAGAGGACGUGGUCACGCUGCUGAAGGAGGCCAUCCACCGGCGGGAGGAGUUUGACCUGGACGUGGUCGCUGUGGUGAAUGACACAGUCGGGACUAUGAUGACCUGUGGCUAUGAAGACCCUCACUGCGAAGUCGGCCUCAUCGUUGGCACGGGCAGCAAUGCCUGCUACAUGGAGGAGAUGCGGAACGUGGAGCUGGUUGAGGGGGAGGAGGGCCGGAUGUGUGUCAACAUGGAGUGGGGGGCCUUCGGGGACAAUGGAUGCCUCGACGACUUCCGCACGGAAUUUGAUGUGGCUGUGGAUGAGCUUUCCCUCAACCCUGGCAGACAGAGGUUCGAGAAAAUGAUCAGCGGCAUGUACUUGGGGGAGAUUGUCCGUAACAUCCUCAUCGAUUUCACCAAGCGUGGGCUGCUCUUCCGUGGCCGCAUCUCAGAGCGGCUCAAGACAAGGGGAAUCUUUGAAACCAAGUUCCUGUCUCAGAUUGAGAGUGACUGCCUGGCCCUGCUGCAGGUCCGCGCUAUCCUGCGCCACCUGGGGCUCGAGAGCACCUGUGACGACAGCAUCAUUGUCAAAGAGGUGUGCACCGUGGUGGCGCGGCGGGCAGCCCAGCUCUGUGGCGCGGGCAUGGCCGCCGUGGUGGACAAGAUCCGAGAAAACCGGGGGCUGGACACUCUCAAAGUGACUGUGGGCGUGGAUGGGACCCUCUACAAGCUACAUCCUCACUUUGCCAAAGUCAUGCACGAGACGGUGAAGGACCUGGCUCCGAAAUGUGACGUGUCCUUCCUGGAGUCAGAGGACGGCAGCGGGAAGGGGGCAGCUCUCAUCACUGCUGUGGCCUGCCGCAUCCGCGAGGCUGGCCAGCGCUAGAGUCCCUGAAAUCCAGAAAGGACUUCCUCUGGUUCCCCUUCUUCCCUGCUUUAAAUUAUAAGAUGUCAUCCUCUGUGUCAGAGACGGGCCCCUGGGCUUUUCCCUGGCAGAGAGGAGCCUGUGGGACUGGGUGUGGUCUCUGUGGAUGCUCACUGUUGAGUUCAGUGCCCAAGCCAUGGCCCUCCCGCGAUACAUAUGUUUUGAAGUAAGGACUUGUUCAUACUUGUCCAACUAUUCCUACUGGUUCUUUUAAACCUCAAGACAAAUUUUAACCUUUAGUCACCCCUCUGGCCAAAUUCCACGUCCCUGCAUAAUCCUACAGGAUGGGGACACUAAUGAAAAGAUACGGUGGCUUCCCCAUG